AUGACUGACUAUUUAGGAGUCUAUUCAUUCAAUGAUUGGAAUGACAAUCCAAAUUAUGCAUGUACAUCUUCGAAUAUUCCUCAAAGUUUUGAUGCUUGUUCGGUGCCUUUUACAUGUUGCAAAAGAGAACAGAAAGAAAAUGAUAAACAUCUCUAUAUGAAAUCUCUUGCUUUUACUUGUGGAAUAAAUGUUUUACCAUCACAUAAUAUGACAAUCAAUAUGGAUGAAAUACAAGAACGUAUUAAUAUUAAUGGAUGUUUUGAUGAAAUUUUACCUAUUAUUCAACAAUUAAUUAUUACAGCUGCUGUAUUUAUGUUAUUGAUAUGUGUCAUCAUAUUUAUUACAAUAUUUCUCACUUGUUUAUUGACAUUUGAUAUUCGUUUGACUAAAUCGAACGUGAAACGAUAUUGCCAAAAGAAAAGACAUACCAGUGAAGAGAGUCAUUCCGAAAAAGAAGAAGAAAAAUUUUAA